AUGGAGUCUUCUGAACCAACUGUCUGCUUCAGUGCGCUGUGGCCUUCGAGCAAGGCCAAGGGCGAAAUAAAGAAAGUAGCGGCAGAGGUUCAUGAACCCUUUGAAGACAAGCUUGCAAGCUUCCCUCAGAGUUACGUUGGCGUCCGUAUGGACGUCUGUAGCUGGACCAUCACAGCACCCAAAGGGAUGGCCAAGUCGUUGAUGCGCCAACUCACUGCGGAGGGCGUCACAGCUAAGGAAAUAGAUGUUCAAGGCCGUUUUCACCACUCGGACAAUUACGCUACGUUCCGAAAGCUGGUAGGCAUCUGUACAUCCGUACAUAUGCUUCAGUUCCGAGAUAGCCAUCCGCUGGUGCCGCUGAGGCGGAAUGAUAGCGGAGACCUGGCGAUGAAGGAGAUGCCGCUCCACGAGAUGGCGCUGCAGUGCAUCUUAAUCGAGAAGGCCGAAUGGUAUACCACCAUGACGCGGUCGGCGGCAGCAAUGAUUCAGGGAGCCGAGGUUUCCAGCGUCAAGGGCAAAGCCACGGUACUCGUCAUGGGCUCAGUCGAUUGUAUUCCGCGGUCUAUCAUGGCAGCCUCUCCUCUCCAAGUCCUUCGCCCUUCCGGAGCCGGAAGGAUGUACCAUCGCUAUCCUACUGACUCCAUUGCUAUAAUUGGCAUGUCAUGUCGAUUUCCCAAUUCGGAGACUCCGCAGAAGUUUUGGGAUAUACUCCAAGCCAAAAAGAUAGCGAGCGUCCUGCCGGACACAGAUUCGUUCGACGCUCGGUUUUUCGGCAACACUCCCCGCGAAGUCGAGUACAUGGAUCCGCAGCACCGACUAGGCCUUCAUCUUGCCUACGAAGCCCUAGAAUCGGGUGGGCAUUUCAGUCCAUCGUCUUCGGCGACGAAGGAUAUAGGCUGCUAUGUCGGCAUGUCUUCUUGCGACUAUGACGACGAAUCCAACUGCCGAGCCGCCACUGCAUUCUCCUUCACAGGCACUGCGCGUGCCUUUGCGAGCGGCCGAAUCACCCACUUCUUUGGCCUAACAGGUCCCUCUGAGGCAAUUGACACAGCCUACGGCUAUCGACGGAGCGAGGGCGGAGGUUUCGUUCUGUUAAAGAGACUGUCGUCGGCAGUGGCGGACAACGACAGAAUUCUCGGUGUACUGGCCGCCUCGGCUGUCAAUAGCAGCAAAGGAAACCGGUCCAUUACGCUGCCAUCUUCGGAAUCCCAAUCCGAUCUCUACAAGCAUGUACUUCAGAGAGCGGGCAUGCACCCAUGUCAAGUGUCCUAUAUCGAGGCACAUGGAACUGGCACUCAGAAAGGCGAUCCUAUCGAGUGCCAAAGCAUUCGACAGGUCUUUGGACAGAACCCUCAGCUGCAAUUGCCGCGGCUACGACUCGGUUCAGUGAAGGGAAAUAUCGGUCACGGCGGGGGAGCGUCGGGCGUGGCUGCUGUGGUCAAAGUGUUGUUGAUGCUGCAGCAUCGGCUUAUACCGCCCCAGGCCAACUUCGCGGUGCUCAACCCGGCCAUUCCUUCAUUGGAGGAGGCAAAUAUGGAGAUCCCUCAACAUCUGAGCCCUUGGGAAGGUUCCUUUCGGGCGGCGUUGGUUAAUAAUUACGGCGCGUCGGGGACCAAUGUGGCCAUGAUUAUGUGCCAGCCGCCGCGGACUCCAUUCGAGCGGACCACCAGCGAGACAGCAAAGCCUCUUCUCUAUCCGAUUCUGAUCUCGGCCCAUUCUACCGCCAGUCUGCGACGGUAUUGUUCGGCCCUUUUGCGCCUCCUUGAGACUCACCAUGGUACCCUCGGAAACACAUUGCUUCCGAGCGUUGCUUUUCAGCUGGCCCAAUGCCAGAACCACUCCCUUGUGCAUCGCAUCACGUCUUCCGCCGGCUCAUCAGACGAACUGAGAGCUCUGCUCCGCACGACAAUCGAUCGUGACGACGCGGCACCAUGGAAACCACGUGAAAAUCCGAAGCCCGUGGUUUUCGUUUUCGCGGGGCAGACUGGCGGUCGGCCUCUUCUCAGCCAGGAAGUGUACCAGGAAUCGAUCUUGUUAAGGCGCCAUUUGGAUCGAUGUGACCGCGCCUUGCAGACCAUUGGCCUUCACAGCAUCUUCCCUUACAUAUUCGAGGCGGACUCUAUCUUUGAUCUCGUUACUCUUCACUGCAUGUUGUUCUCCUUGCAGUAUUCAGUUGCCUCGUCCUGGAUUGAUACUGGUCUGGAGGUGAAGGCCCUAGUUGGUCAUAGCUUCGGCCAGUUAACGGCCCUCUGCGUCGCCGGCGUGCUCGACGUGAGAGACGCCUUGAAGCUUAUCUCAGGCCGCGCACUCUUGAUUCAGAACAAAUGGAGUGCCGAACCGGGCCGCAUGCUCAGCGUCGAUGCGGAUGCGGCGACUGUGGAGGGCAUCAUAGGAUCCAUGUUGGACGGGGAAAAGGUCGAGAUUGCCUGCCUUAAUGCCCCGUCCAACCUCGUGGUAGCGGGCACCGAAGCAGCCAUCGCCAAAUUUGAGAAGGCAGCUCACUCCAGCGACAUCAAUGUCAGACAACUCCAGGUCACGCAUGCGUUCCAUUCGAAUUUGGUGGACUGCAUCAUGCAUGACUACCUUCAGAUUAUCCAGGAUCUGCCCCUGAAGAAUCCCAUCAUCCCCAUCGAGCCCUGCUCAAAGUCCGCCGACGCCUGGGCCAAUAUCACCCCUGAUUUAAUUGCGAGACAGUCCCGCGAUCCUGUCUAUUUUACCGAGGCCAUACUUAGAAUCGAGCAACGGCUGGGCCCAUUUCUCGGACGCCGGCCUCGUCGUCCCAUUCCUUCCACUCGGUACAGCUUCACGGUCCAGACCCAAUGGCAUCCCUAA